AUGGGCACACCUUUCAUAACCUUUCUCGAGCCAAGCAAGCUUGAGGGCUAUAAGCCAGGUGCCCCCCGCGAAGACCAGCCCUCAACCAUCGCUUCUGCCUUCCUCGAUGCCAUGGAGGUGCGAGAGGAGGUGUUCGUAAAGGAGCAGAAGGUCCCCGCGGAAAAUGAAUUCGACUUAGAUGACUCAAGGUCAUGCCACUGGAUUGUCUAUGCCAGCAUCAACAAAACCGAGGAGCUCGAGAUUCGAGAUGAGAGGGGCAACGUCAUCCAGCCACGCAAGAGCUCGACUCGAUCAACGCCCAUUGGCACCAUACGACUUGUCCCCUUCCCGCAUGAUCCGCACCCUAUGAGUGGAGGAAAGUAUUGGAACGGCGUUCUGGAGGGGGAGGAUGAUACUCCGGCCCCGAUCCAGGCUGGGGGCAAGCGCUACAUAACCGACCGCCCUACCUCUUUUCAUGAUGGAAAGGAGCCGUAUGUGAAGCUGGGAAGGCUGGCAGUCAUCAAGGAGUUUCGCGGUCAUCGCAUCGCGGGUCUGCUGGUGCAGACAGUCCUCGCGUGGCUGAAGGCAAACCCAACCUUUUUCAACCCCAGUAUCAAAGAGCUGGGGCUCGAAAGUAUAGGGGCCUUGAGUGAGCGCGACGUUCCCAAGUGGAAAGGACUUGUUUGCGUCCAUGCGCAGGAGCAGGUGGUCGGCGUCUGGGCAAAAUGGGGAUUCCAAGUCGAUGAGGAAAUGGGGAAGUGGGAGGAGGAGGGCAUAUCACAUGUGGGUAUGUUCCAACGCUUGAGCGUCGACACAGAUCAAAUUCGCAUCUGA